AUGACAACACUCCUCACUGGAGGCACUGUCAACCAGCUCUCCUCCCUGGAGACAGUCAACCAGCUCUCCUCCCUGGAGACAGUCAACCAGCUCUCCUCCCUAGAGACACAGUUAACCAGCUCUCCUUCCUGGAAACACAGUCAACCAGCUCUCCUUCGUGGAGACACAGUCAACCAGCUCUUCUCCCUGGAGACACAGUCAACCAGCUCUCCUUCCUGGAGACACAGUCAACCAGCUCUCCUCCCUGGAGACACAGUCAACCAGCUGAGACACAGUCAACCUCUCCUUCAAGAGACACAGUCAACCAGCUCUUCUCCUGAGACACAAGACACAGUCAACCAGCUCUCCUCCCCAAGAGACACAGUCAACCAGCUCUCUCCAGUCUGGAGACACAGUCAAGCACAGUCAACCAGCUCUCCUUCCUGGAGACACAGUCAACCAGCUCUCCUCCCUGGAGACACAGUCAACCAACUCUCCCUCCUGGAGACACAGUCAACCAGCUCUCCUUCCUGGAGGCACAGUCAACCAGCUCUACUUCCUGGAGACACAGUCAACCAGCUCUCCUCCCAAGAGACACAGUCAACUAGCUCUCCUCCCAAGAGACACAGUCAACUAGCUCUCCUCCAUGGAGACAGUCAACCAGCUCUUCUCUCAAGAGACACAGUGAACCAGCUCUCCUCCCUGGAGACACAGUCAACCAGCUCUCCUCCUGGAGACAGUCAACCAGCCUCCCAAGAGACACAGUCAACUAGCUCUCCUCCAUGGAGACAGUCAACCAGCUCUUCUCUCAAGAGACACAGUGAACCAGCUCUCCUCCCUGGAGACACAGUCAACCAGCUCUCCUCCUGGAGACAGUCAUCCAGCUCUCCUCCCAAGAGACACAGUCAACUAGCUCUCCUCCAUGGAGACAGUCAACCAGCUCUUCUCUCAAGAGACACAGUGAACCAGCUCUCCUCCCUGGAGACACAGUCAACCAGCUCUCCUCCUUGGAGACACAGUCACCCGGCUCUCCUCCCUGGAGACACAGUCAACCAGCUCUCCUCCUUGGAGACACAGUCAACCAGCUCUCCUCCUUGGAGACACAGUCACCCGGCUCUCCUCCCUGGAGACACAGUCACCCGGCUCUCCUCCCUGGAGACAGUCAACCAGCUCUCCUCCCUGGAGACACAGUCAACCAGCUCUCCUCCUUGGGGACACAGUCACCCAGCACACUUCCAUAAGAACAUAAGAAAAUAA